UCUAAUUAUAUUUCGCAUGAAUCAAAUCUUUAAAUAAUCAUACAAUAGAACUAAUGAUAAAAAACAAGGUUCCAUAGAAAACGUUUAUUUAUUUUACAAUUAUUUUGUUGCAUCGUUGGUCAACGUGUGUAAACUGAGUGUUUUUCUCGGAAUUAGCUUGGCCCAGGCUCUAUUAUUUCACAAUGCAACAGUUGCAACCAGUGAUUUCCUGUUUUCGGUUUUUUGCUUUUGCAUUGCAAAGAUGAAUUUUAUCCAUUGUAUUUUGAAAUUCAUUUGUAUUUUUCAUAUCAGUGUUAGACUUUUACUUGAAUAUUUCGAGAUCUUGAGGCUAAAUACCCGUCUUCGACUCUGAACAUUAUUGCACAAGUUGUGUUGUUUUUUCAGUACCAAAUUCACAAACACCCGGUCUCCGUCAAUGAACGUCGAUCGUUUUGAUGCGUUAUCAUAAUCAAGAAAUUGUUAUUUUUCACCUACAAUAAUUAUGGAGAAAGGUGAUUCCAGAGCAUUUUUUGCGAGAACGUGCGUUGAGUAUUGUUUGAAGGCCCAGAACCAGGUUCCUGACUUGAAUCCUCCUGAGAAUCCUUCCAGUUUCAUUAAACCUAUUGAAGCGCCGACAUUUCAUCCCACGAAAGAUGAAUUCUCGGAUCCAAUAGCCUACAUUAAUUCUGUCAGGCCACUAGCUGAGCAAUUUGGGAUCUGCAAAGUAGUACCUCCACCGGGAGUUACUUUUCCUCUAUCGCUACCCGUUGACACCUACAAUUUCUCCACCAGAUUGCAACACUUAAACAGGAUUGACGCCGUUGCAAAAAGCAGAUCGAUUUUCUUGGGUAGACUGUCUAAGUUUUACCAACUGAGAGGCUUUGCAUUGGAGACACCUACUCUAGAAUUUCGAAAAGUGGAUUUAUAUUCACUUCACCACGCCGUAGAAAAAGAAGGAGGGUACAACGAAGUCUGUAAAAAAUACAAAUGGGAGGAGGUGGCCAAGGAGUUGGAUUACAAGCAUUUCGAGACUAUCGCCUUGGCCCUGCUAGAAGUUUACUACACAAUCAUACACCCAUAUGUGAUGGUUGUAAAAGCAUCAGAUGCAUUCCAUUCCUUAAUCGUGGAAGGUAUGACCCAGGAACCCAAGGCUGAGAUACACGCUGUUAAUAUGAGUAGCUAUGAUAAAGAACGCAUCAAGUGCGUAGAUUUACAGAUCCUGGAAGCUUCGAUUAAAUUGGGAGAAGAACGACGCAACGUUGAGGAAUUGCACAACGUUGAGGAAUUGCCUGCUCAAGAACAGGUUUUAAUUAUACUUGAGACUAACGAUAAAGUGAAAGAAUUAGAAGAAAUGUAUUUGACUACUGGUUACCAUGCUGAAUUUGAGGAACUUGAUAUUGAUCAGAAUUUGUUCAAAAAUCCCAAAGAUUUACUGACGAGACGUGGGACCAAACGUAACAGUACUCAUUCAACUCAACAUGAAUCUAAGAGCAAAAUGUCCAAAGCAGAUGGCACAACCAACGAUGAUUUUCUAUUUAAAAUUCCUGGUCUUCCAAUUUCUACACUCAAACUGAAAAUACAAGCGAAAAACCGACUGAAGAGACUGAAGAAACUGUUGAGAAAGUCUUUAGAAAAGGAAAGAAAAGCUAAGAGAAUGCGUGACAAAUUGAAGUUUAGAAUGAAUAAAAAACAAAGGAAGGCAGCGCUCAGAAAGGAAUGCGAAGCAUGUAAACAACAAAUUAAUCAAAUUUUACUGGACUGCGCGUACUGCAAGAAAAGUUUUCAUAUAAAGUGCAUCAUUCCAGAAAUGUAUCAAGUUCCUAAAGGAAAGUGGCAUUGUACUCCAUGCAUUGCAAUGGAACUGAAACAUACUCCAGAUACAUUUAAACAAGCAUUUGAUCAUUGUGAAAAACAGUACCAUAUAAACGAGUUCCAAGAAAUGGCUGAAACCGCCAAGAAAAAGUUCUUCCCCCUAAUGAAUGGAGAGUAUCCUACAUCAGAAAUGGUGGAGCAAAGAUUUUGGGAAAUUGUUGGUUCAGAAAAUACAAUGGUUGACACGGUGGUCGAGUAUGGAGCCGACUUGACUUCGGAACACGGCACUGGCUUCCCCUCACACGCCUCUGCUCGAACGGAGGCAAAACCUAAGAAGCGUGCAGUGUACGAAAGAUUCGUCGAGCAUCCGUGGAAUUUGAAUAACAUAGCGGCUUGCGCCACAUCUGCAUUGAAAUACAUAGACGAACCGAUUUCUGGCAUGCAGAUUCCAUGGAUGUAUAUCGGGAUGAUUUUCUCUACAUUCUGUUGGCAUAAUGAGGAUCAUUGGUGCUACUCAAUCAACCAUUUGCACUUGGGUGAUGUUAAAACGUGGUACAGUGUUCCUGGCCAGUACGCAGAAAAAUUUGAAGAAACUGUGAAAGAACUUGCUCCUGAACUAUUCGAAGCUCAACCUGACACUCUGCAACUUCUAGACACGCUAGUCAACCCGAACGCCUUGAUGAAAAAAGGCGUUCCGGUAUACAGAAUGGACCAAAAAGCGGGCGAAUUCAUGAUCACAUUUCCGAGAGCCUACCAUUGCGGUUUCAACCAAGGCUUCAACCUGGCUGAAGCUGUCAACUUCGCUCCGGCUGAUUGGAUUAAAAUGGGCCGUAGAUGCGUGGAAGAGUAUUCCUUAUUGAAAAGGAACAAUGUAUUUUCGCACGAUGAACUGAUGUUUAAAAUUGCAGAACAUGCUGCAGAUGCAGAUGUACGCAUAGCUGCUGCAGCCUAUCACGACCUUUACUACGCAGUCAAAUCAGAACUCAAACUUCGACAAUUCGUCGUUAGUCAAUGGGGCGCUGAGGAACUUGGUAUGAGAUUCCGCUUUGAACGGUUUCCGGACGACGACAGGCAAUGCGUCCACUGUAAAACAACAGUUUAUUUGUCAGCUGUCAUCUGCAAAUGUAGUGCCGAUGUCCAGAGAAUGGUGUGCAUCAAACAUUAUGACAAAUUGUGCACAAAAUGCAAACCUCAAGAACACUGUCUCAUCUUGAAGCAUACUGCGGAACAGAUGCAUGAACUUUUCAAAAACCUCCUGGACGUGGUGGAUCCUUAUGAAAAAUGGGUGAAGAGAAUGAGAUUCCUUUUUCGCCAGAAUGCACAAUUAGGUGACUGCAUAAAGCAAGGAAUGAAGAGUCUGUUAAAAGAAGCGAAGCAGAAAUCUUACAUGAGUCAGCAAUUCUUUCACAAUAUUAAGGAAGUUAUCAAGUUCGUAUUAUUUGCACCGACAUGCUGUUUGACCGUUUAUGGAAAGGCGAUAAUAACAAGCGACUCCGAGGCGUUUAUGUACCUGGUUCACUUUGUUGAACAUAUUUUGGAUGUCGGACACUACUCACUGUGUUCUAACACAGUUUUCAAAAUUUGUAAAUGCCUCACUGACUUCAAAUAUGCUCAUUAUGAUGAAUCUAUAAAUGAACCAGAUCAUCAAUCAGAAUCAUCAUCAAGUUCUGAAUGUGAAUCUGAUUCGCGAUCAGAAUCAGCAUCAUCUUCUUAUUCUGUAUCUGAUCGACAAAAAGCAUCAUGUUCUUAUUCUGUAUCUGAUCGACAAAAAGCAUCAUGUUCUUAUUCUGUAUCUGAUCGACAAAAAGCAUCAUGUUCUUAUUCUGUAUCUGAUCGACAAAAAGCAUCAUGUUCUUAUUCUGUAUCUGAUCGACAAAAAGCAUCAUGUUCUUAUUCUGUAUCUGAUCGACAAAAAGCAUCAUGUUCGUAUUCUGUAUCAGAUCGACAAACACCAUCAUGUUCUUAUUCUGUAUCUGAUCGACAAAAAGCAUCAUGUUCUUAUUCUGCAUCUGCUCGAAAAUCAGCACCACGUAAUGUGGAAUCUGAUUCAGAAUAUGAAUAUCAUUCAGAAUCAGACUCAGAUUCAGAUUAAAUGUGAACAUCAGACUUCCGUAUGACAGAAUUAGACUUCAUCAGGAUUUCAUCAGACUUCAACUUCCUGACUUCAUCAGGCUUCCUUAUGACAACUGUUCAAAUCAUUUUAUUUCUUGACGACUAUUUUAUAAUAUUGGUCUAGUUGACCUUCAAUUAUAAUGGAGUGAUCCGUGGUCUAGUGGGUAGUGCUUGCGUAGCAGCCUAGAGAUCCACGGUUCAAACCCGCUUAUCACCAAAAGUUUUUGAACAGGUCACUCCCGUGUCAUCGGAUGGGCACGUUAAAUUGUCGGUCUUGGCUGAAUUAUGAGAGUCUUAAGGCUCAUUCAGGGCUCAAAUGAUAUAUUCAGGCGAGGUGGAACUUCCGGCAGGAACUUCCUACCAAUAAAAGCCAUACGAAUAUUAUUAUAAUAGAAAUUACUUAUACCCUCUUUGUACUUUUUAUAUAAACACAACUAGACCUACUUUCAGCAUUGUCAUUUCCAAGUAUCAAAGUGAAUUACUAUUUCUCAGUGAUCAAAUAUUUUACCUUUAUUAAGCAGCUGGCUCAUUUUAUAUUUGUAAUGUAAAUAUUAGGAUUUACAUAUGAUAAGUAUUGAAUAUUUUUAUCAUCUAGCAUAUUUCAGAUCUUUCAGCUUUGAAAUUCUUUCAAUUGCUAUAAUAAACAGUUCAGGGAAGUAGUUGAUCAGAAUAUAUUUACCUAUUGGAUUUAUAUGUACUUUAGUCAGUUAUACAAUCGUAUACAUAUAAGGAUUUACAUGAUGGAUCCAUUUAUAGAACCCUGCAUACGCCUACUUUCUAUAGGCAUACUUUCUACAAUCGGGCCUACGUUAUAUUUCUGUAUCAUUGAUCAUGUUUUGUAAAUAGAAUCGAAUAUAUGUUAGUGAUUGACGUGUUGCCGCCCGAGCAUUAGAUACAAAGUAUCACAUACAUAAUCAAUUCUAUGUUGUGAAGAUUUUACGAGUUUAUCUUUCUAUGAUGCAUUAGAAUUAAGACAAUCUUCUACUUGAAGUUUACUUUUUUGAUGUGAAUAUUCUAAAAGUAUAUAUUUGUUGAAGUGUAGAUAAUGUUUAUGAAGUGGAAAUUUUACAGAUUUAUUUUCCUAAGAUUUAUCUACGUUGAAGUUGUAAUAAAUUAUGUGAUGCUGUAAACAUACAGAAAUUUUCCGACAUUUUGACAAAAAUUACACCAAACUUUGGUGAACAUGUUACAUGCCUAUUAUUCCAUCUAUUUCGAUGUAGAAACAUUUUUCAGUUUGUGUAUAAACAAUUUUCACAAUGUGUAUAACACUACUUAUACUUUCAACAUAGAUGCAUGUGGAAUUUCCACCAGACAAAUUUCGGUGUAGUUUUUGGAAGGUAUCUGCAUCACAUGACUUUUUACAACUUCACCUUCCAUCUUAGGAAAAAUGCCAUAUUGUUAUGAAAAUGAAAGUGCUAUUUGAAUAAUAAAGCACAUUAUUGAAUUAUAAAACCUCCUUGUAAAUAAUUGAAUUGUAACAAUUUGAUAGCUGCCUAAUAUGUAUCAUAACAUUGUGAUAGAUGUUGUUGCAUUUCUCUUGUAAACUGAUGUUACCGUUCUUAGGAAUAAGAGUUAGAUAUGUGUUUUUUCCGAUAGGACUUGAACAAUAAGAGUUUUGGCUUCUGCAUUCUUUGACCGAAUAAAGUUUUCAAAUUUUGCAGAUGUCUGACUAACUACGUACAUGCUCAUACUAAUGAAUCUGAUCCUAGAUCAGCAUCGGGUUUAUCUAAUUUAGAAUCAAUGUAAAUAUCAGACAUCUGGCUAUCCUCAUGUCAACUAUUCAAACACUUUAUAUCAUGACAAAAUAUUAUAUUUGAUAAAUAAAAGUCAAAUAUUUUUGGUCGAGUUUGAAUAUACAGGUGUUUUCACAUGAAGGGUUCAAUUAUAGAACCCUUGCAUACGCCUAUAAAUGCCUAUAUCAUCGAUCAUGUUUUGUUUAUUAAAUAUUUUAUAUCAUGACAAAAUAUAUUUGAUAAUUAUAUGUCAAAUAUUCUAUAAUCGGCCGAGUUUGAAUGUAUAUUUACCUAUUGGAGUUGUGUAGAUUUUAGUCAUUAAUACAUCAAAGGAUUCACAUGAAGGGUUCAACUAUAGAACCCUUGCAUACGCCUAUGAAUUCCUAUAUCAUCGAUCAUGUUUUGUUUAUUAAAUAUUUUAUAUCAUGACAAAAUAUAUUUGAUAAUUAUAUGUCAAAUAUUCUAUAAUCGGCCGAGUUUGAAUGUAUAUUUACCUAUUGGAGUUGUGUAGAUUUUAGUCAUUAAUACAUCAAAGGAUUCACAUGAAGGGUUCAACUAUAGAACCCUUGCAUACGCCUAUGAAUUCCUAUAUCGUCGAUCAUGUUUUGUUUAAAUAUUUUAUAUCAUGACAAAAUAUAUUUGAUAAUUAUAUGUCAAAUAUUUUAUAAUCGGUCGAGUUUGAAUGUAUAUUUACCUGUUGGAUUUAUAAAGACUUUAAUACAUUUAAGGAUUCAAUAAUAGAACACUUGCAUACGGCUAUAAAGGUUUCUUUUUUGUUUUUGUUUAUUAAACCAAAGCUAUGUUAAGUUUUUUCCUCCCAAUCACGUAAGCAGUUCUAUGUUGUGAAGUGAUAAUUUUACGGGUUUAUCUUCCUAUGAUCUUCCACUUGAAGGUGUUUGAAGUUGUCUUAUUUAAGUGAAGAUUCUGCGUGUAUAUAUUUCUAUAAUGGCGAUAUGCAUGUAAAAAUUAAAAAUCAAAAACUCCUUUCUUCAACUUUAUUUUAUUUUCAGUGAGUGAAAUAAAUAGCCUUAAAAUUUAAUGAAUCUAUCACCAGCUUGUUUAUGAUCAUGUCUACCAUUUAUUUCCUAUUACUGAAAAUUUGGUUGGUUAUUCAUAUCCAGUUUUUGAAUGAUAAUAUUAUUUAAAAGCUGGGCUUCUAUAAUUGGGUUAAAAGUUCUUCUCGUCGUGAAAUUAAUUGUUUUGGACUUGCAAUUAUUAGUGAAUUAAAUUAUAUAAAUAAUUAUGAAAUUUACCUAAGUUAUGUAUUGAAACAGUUUUGUGCGAAUGCCUGUUGAUUCAUUCCAAAUUAUCCAAUCAAUUAUGUCAACAAACGAAUAAAUUUUCUUUCAAAAUUGAAUGAUUCUAUCGAAAAUUGAUGGGUUAUUUAUGUCAAAUUGAUCACAUGAUCAUAAACAAGAAGUUAGUGAUAGUAUUCAUUCAACGUUAUUUAUUUCACUCAUUCACUUGAAAAUUACAUUAUAAGUCGAAACAUGUGAAAAAUAAAAUAACGUUGAAAAACAGUACUUUGAUUUUUUAAUUUUUACAUAAAAACGAAUAGCCCUUACCAAGAAAGUGAAUAUUGGUGAUAAUCAGUUGUAGUAUAAUAUCCUAUUGUAAUCUCGUAAUUGAUCUUUGUUUUUGUUUAUUAAACCAAAGCUAUGUUAAGUUGUUAACUUUCUACUGCCCUAUUACUUUAUACACGGUAUUACAUACGUAAUCAAUGAAGCGGAGAUAUUAAGGAUUUAUAUUUCUAUGAUGUUGUAUUAGACAAUCUUCUACUUGAAGUUAUGCAAGGUUUAAAGUGAAGAUUAUAUGUGUAUUUUUUCUAUGAUGGUAUUAUCUACUUAGAGGUUGUAAUAAUGUGUAAAUAUUUUUACAAAUGAAAUACCGAACUGGUGAACAUUUUGCAUGUUUGAAUACUUGUAUCAUAUAAGUAUUAUAAUUGAAAUCUAUGUGUCAUUUGCAUUACGCAUCUCAUUGAUUUAUGGAACUUUGUAAAUAAGUGAAUGUUGUGAUAAAUGUUGUUGCAUUCCUGUUGUAAACUGAUGUUACCGUUAAUGAUCAGUUACCGUUCAGAAAAACGUGUCCUAAGAAGGACAUUGAUACUAUGAGUUCUACUGUAAAAA